GGUGCGCAUGUGCGGGAGGCGUCCGGAGUUUCACUUUGAAACUUUUCGGGGGCGGGACCCGCCGGUCAGGUGCAGCCGCCGCGCGGGCGCCGCAGGGAGGCCUGGAAAGGCCGUGCGGCCCGGUCCUGGGGUCGGGAGAGCCCAGCAGGAAGUGAGUGGCAGGCCUGAGGCAGCUUGGGAGGCGGCCGGGACUGUUCCUGUCUCUGCCGGCACUGGCUGAGGACCUCGCCCAGGGACUCACCCGCAGUCCUUCCUUCCCUGGGCGUCUGGGAGGAGGGGCACGAUGAACAACUCCCUGAUCCUGGAGCUGUGGCGGUCCAAGGCGGUGUCCGUGCGUGAGCGGCUGGGCAUCGGGGACCAGCCCAAUGACUCGUACUGCUACAACACGGCCAAAAACAGCACCGUGCUCCAGGGGGUCACCUUCGGGGGCGUCCCCACCGUCCUGCUCAUAGACGUCAGUUGCUUCCUGUGUUUGAUCUUGGUGUUUUCCAUCAUAAGAAGGAGAUUCUGGGAUUAUGGCCGUAUCGCCCUGGUGUCAGAAGCAGACAGCGACUCCAGGUUCCAGAGACUGUCAUCGUCGUCCUCUUUUGGGCAACAAGAUUUUGAAAGCGAGCUGGGAUGCUGUCCCUGGCUGACUGCUAUCUUCCGCCUGCACGAUGACCAGAUUCUGGAGCGGUGUGGGGAGGACGCCAUCCACUACCUGUCCUUCCAGAGACACGUCAUCUUCCUGCUGGUGGUCGUCAGCUGCUUGUCCCUGUGUGUCAUCCUGCCCGUCAACCUCUCGGGUGAUUUGCUGGACAAAGACCCUUACAGCUUUGGGAGGACGACCAUCGCAAACCUGCAGACGGACGAUGACCUCCUUUGGCUGCACACCGUCUUUGCCGUCAUCUAUCUCCUCCUCACCGUGGGCUUCAUGAGACACCACACCCGGUCCAUCCAGUACCAGGAGGAGAACUCGGUGAGGCGGACCUUGUUCAUCACGGGACUCCCCCGAGACAGCAAGAAGGAGACGGUGGAAACCCACUUCCGGGACGCGUAUCCCACGUGUGAAGUGGUGGACGUACAGUUGUGCUACGACGUGGCCAGGCUGAUUCACCUGUGCAGGGAGAGGAAGAAGACAGAAAAGAGCCUGACCUAUUACACGAACCUGCGGGCGAAGACAGGCCAGUGGACCCUCAUCAACCCCAGGCCCUGCGGCCAGUUCUGCUGUUGCAAAGUGCCGGGGUGCGAGUGGGAGGAUGCCAUCUCCUACUACGCGCGCAUGAGAGACAGGCUGCUGGAGAGGAUUGCGGACGAGGAGCGCCGGGUGCAGGAGCAGCCCCUGGGCAUGGCCUUCGUCACCUUCCAGGAGAAGUCCAUGGCCACCUACAUCCUCAAAGACUUCAACGCCUGCAAGUGUCAGAGCCUCCGGUGCAAAGGCGAGCCCCAGCCGUCCUCCUGCAGCGCGGAGCUCCGUAUCUCCAAGUGGACGGUCUCCUUUGCCACGUACCCCGAGGACAUCUGCUGGAAGAACCUCUCCAUCCAGGGCUUCCGCUGGUGGCUCCAGUGGCUGGGCAUCAACUUCACUCUGUUCGUGGGGCUCUUCUUCCUGACCACCCCCGCCAUCAUCCUGUCCACCAUAGACAAGUUCAAUGUCACCAAACCCAUCCGUGAGCUCAACGACCCGGUCAUCAGUCAGUUUUUCCCGACCCUCCUCCUGUGGUCCUUCUCGGCCCUGCUCCCCACCAUCGUCUACUACUCCACGCUGCUGGAGUCUCACUGGACCAAGUCAGGAGAAAACGAGAUCAUGAUGUCCAAGGUCUAUAUAUUCUUGAUCUUCAUGGUGCUGAUCCUGCCGUCCCUCGGCCUCACCAGUCUGGAUUUUUUCUUCCGGUGGCUCUUUGACAAAACUUCCUCCGAAGCCUCUAUCAGGUUGGAGUGCGUCUUCCUGCCCGACCAGGGCGCCUUCUUUGUGAACUAUGUCAUCGCCUCGGCCUUCAUUGGCAACGGCAUGGAGCUGCUGCGGCUGCCGGGCCUGGUCCUCUACACCUGCCGCAUGGUCAUGGCCAAGACAGCCGCCGACCGCAGGAACAUCAAGCAGAACCAGGCCUUCCAGUACGAGUUCGGAGCCAUGUACGCGUGGAUGCUGUGCGUCUUCACCGUCAUCAUGGCCUACAGCAUCACCUGCCCCAUCAUCGCACCCUUCGGCCUCACCUACAUCCUGCUCAAGCACCUGGUGGACCGUCACAACCUGUACUUCGCCUACCUCCCGGCCAAGCUGGAGAAAAGGAUCCACUUAGCGGCCGUCAACCAGGCCUUGGCCGCCCCCAUCUUGUGCCUCUUCUGGCUCUAUUUCUUCUCCUUCCUGCGCCUGGUCCAACCGGGGGUGAUGCCAGCGGGUCCCUCUGUCUGUCCCAGCUAUGAAGACACCACCCCAGCUGCUGGAGGGUCGGGGGGGGGGGGUCUGAAGGCCCCCCUCACCCUGUUCACCUUCCUGGCCGUCCUGCUCACCAUCCUGGUCUGCCUGGCCUACACCUGCUUCGGAUGCUUCAAGCACCUCAGCCCUCUGAACUACAGGACGGAAGAAUUGGCCAACGACAAAGGGAGUGAGGCCGAGGCCCACAGGCCACCGCCGUUCACGCCCUACGUGCCCCGGAUUCUGAGCGGCUUGUCCUCGGAGAGAACGGCCCUGUCCCCACAGCAUCAGCAGACUUAUGGCGCGGUCUGUGACAUCAGUGGGACCGUCCUGGGGCAGUGUCCCGCCCAGGGCCCUGCGGACAGUGACAGCAGGCCGGCUGCCUACCAGGAGGCCUGAGGGCGGCCGGGCCAGGCUCCGAGGACGGAGAGGAGGAGACCCAGGUGGAAAAGCGGCUUGACUCCAACCAGGCCCAGGACUACUUUGACCUGUGUGAAGCACACCUGCUCUGGGAAGACGGACCCAGAAAGGUUCCCUGGGCCCUUGGCCGAGGAAGACAGGGUGGGGCCGCCGCGCAGGGAACGGCGGCCUUUCUGGUCACAGCAGCGGGGAGGGGGGCCGGUGCGUGUGGGGGACUCUGUGCGUCUCCGGGUCCCCCUUCUGCAUAAAUGUCCCGGCUCUGUAGCUGGGACACAUCCCUGGUGACUCCGCAGGACCACAUGUGGGAACGGUGCCCCAGCGGCUGUCCCAGGUACCUGGGAGGACACAGCGAAGGACUGCUCCUCUGUGAGGACGGACUGCCCACCACUUCUGGGCACACACCCAGCUGAUAACCAAAGAGCCUAUGCGCAGCUCUGGGCGGGUUCCUUCCAGACCCCCCCAUCACCGCAUCCAGCCGUCUCCCACCCAUCGGGGCUGCGCCGCUGGAGCAGGAAGGGACCAGGCUCUUUGUUUCUGUGUCACUCUGCCAGUGACAGUGGCUGGGUCAGGUCACCCUGCAGCAGGCAAGGGCAGGAGGACCACGAAUAAAGCGCUCAUUCGGCCAGA